GGUUGUUUUUGCCUUCUCCAUGCCUCCCUUAUCAGUACCACUUUGUUGACAUGUGGAAGACCUGGAAGGAAGCACAGACCUACUGCAGAGAUAAGUACACUGACCUGGCCACCAUAGACAAUAUUGAGGAUAUGAAUAGACUGAUGAAAAUGGAAAAGUUUAGUGUUUAUUAUUGGAUAGGCACUGUCUGGAUAGGGCUGUAUGAUGAUAUUAUUAACAGCUGGAGGUGGUCUCUUGAAGACAGUGACUACUACGGUGAUGGAGAGACUGAGUUUAGACACUGGCAGAUAGGUGAACCUAAUAAUAGGAGCGGUAUGGUACACUGUGUGGUCAUGAAAAAUGGGAUGUGGAAAAAUGUGGAUUGCAACCUGGAACAUUCCUUCAUCUGCUGCACCGGUGAGAAAUUUGUUUUUUCUUUGCUGUAUUUCUUAGUCUAGAGUUUUAAGUAGACUAUUACUAUGCUAAUCACGUUUCUUGUCAUUUCAUGUUUACAAAUACACACUCAAACUUGCAUACUGUAUACACUGAUGAGUAGCCUCAGUGUAAUCAAGUCAAGUACAUUUCUUUUACAUUUUAGCAGACGCUCUUAUCCAAAAUGCAUACAUUUUCAUACUUUUUCAUACUGAUCCCCCAUGGGAAUUGAACCCACAACCCUGGCCUUGCAAGCACCACGCUCUACCAACUGAGUCACACGGGACCAUCUAACUUGAAGUGCAAAAUGUAGAUAUGUAAGAAAAUACCCACUCAUCCUGAUUUCAAAAUCCAUCCACUAUUUGCAGGUGAGACAAAAGACAGUUUGAGAUUUAUCUUAGUAAAUGAAACAAAAAAAAGCUGGGGUGAAGCUCAGAACUACUGCAGAGAUCAUUACCGAGACCUGGCCAGUGUGAGGAACCAGGCUGAGAACCACGAGAUAGAGACCUUGGUUGGUGAUAGCGAAGUGUGGAUCGGCCUGUUCAGCGACUCCUGGAAGUGGUCAGAUGGCAGUGAUUCCUCCUUUAGGCACUGGAAGGUGGGAGAACCCAAUAACAACGACAGUAAACCGCAAUGUGGUGCAGCAGUGUUGAAGGAAGGAGACACGUGGACAGACAAAUGGACAGAUUGGCCCUGUGAUAAUACUUGGCAACCCUUUGUUUGCUACACCAGUGAGUUACUGUAUAAACUAUUCUGCUAAAGUGUUAAACAACUGGAUUGCUUGUAAAAAGAAAAAUACAUUAUGUAUUUCUAAUUGGGGUCUUGAGUGUUAGGGUCUACACAAAAUGUUCAUAUAACUCUCCCUUCACUUCCUUAUGUAACAUGGAGUGUGAUCAACAUGACAAACGUUUUAUUCUCGUGUCUGUGUAUUUCUAAGCUCCUCCAGUGAAGAAAACUCAGAAGGUGGUGAGAGUGAGACUGACCCUGAACGGCCAGAACAUGGACCUGAAUGAUCCUGUCGUACAGGAGGCCAUCUUACAGCAAGUGAGUCUCACGUUCUUCAUGGUAUCUUUUUGGGGUCUAUUAUAGACACAUUUACAGUACAAAAAAGAUAACAUGAUGCAUUAUAUUAUAUUCCAUUAUUAUAUUAUAUUAUAUUAUAAACCUGGUGGUUCGAGCCCUGAAUGCUGAUUGGCUGACAGCCUUGGUAUAUCAGACCAUAUACCACGGGUAUGACAAAACAUUUAUUUUUACUGCUCUAAUUACGUUGGUAACCAGCCGCAAUGCGUCGUGCCUAAGAACAGCCCUUAGCCGUGGUAUAUUGGCCAUAUACCUCACCCCCUCGUGCUUUAUUGCUUAAUUAUAGCAUAGCAUAUUAUACUGUAUUCCACAUAUUUAUGUUCUUCAGAUAAAGAAGGAGGAGGGGAUGUCUGAUGAUGUCAAACUGAGAUGGAAGGAGCAGCCCGAUGGGAAGUUCUUCCACAAGGAAGAAAAGAGGGAUUCCCAAAGAAUGGAGAGAAAACCAGUUAUGACAAAAAGAGAACUC